AUGGAUUGGUCGACACGUUCCCGCAACGGCUCAGCCGGUACUUUCUGGGCGAAGGAAUCGCCUCAAAAGCCCCCCCUGACCCUAAUCCAUGUCGGCGGUGCCGCUAUCUAUGAAGCUAUCGAGUUAUCGCCAUCGCAGGAAGAUGGCUGUGUUUUCCAAACUUUGUCCGUUUCGUUCCCCGUCCCUUGUCGCUGGAUCCCGACCGGAGACUAG